GACGGCAGCAGCAAUUAGCUAACACUUCGGCCCACCUUUUCCCAUUUGGGGGGUCUGUGUUAUUGUUAGGUGAUUACGCGUUUCCCGGAAGUAUACGCACGUAAUCCAGGUGUGCGUGCGUAUCGAGUCACAAGGGUUGACGGAUGCGUUAGGGGAUUUCGAUGAGCGUCACAAAGCGGGUGGGGAAAAACGUGUUAACGGUUUAUUCUCAUGUUAUACACACUCGAAUGGAAAGGCCGGCCGCAUAUGGUGUAAACUCCUUUUAAUAUUCCUUGAAAAGGCAGGAAAAAAAAAAGAAGAAUACAAUAAAAUAGCAUUCUCUGCAUCCAUCUGCCUCCGUAAAAGAAGAAAGAAGUUGUGUGUGAUGGUGAUGGAUCAUCGUAUUUGGAAUCAGAAGAAACGAGUUUACGCGCGCGCGCCACUGGAAUAUCAAACAAACAAACCGACCUACCAAUCAACUCACCUACACUCACCUACCUACCUACCUACCAAUAGAGUAGCUAGCAGAUGAGCGAGAGCGCUUUGAGGUUAAUCGUUCUUAUUGGAGGGGAGCGAAACAGAUUUGAUUCGUACGCAAUUCCAGCAAAGAGAAGAAUUUAUUCACAAUAAAGAUGAGCACACUGUGGACCAUAUUAUCAACGUUAAUAGUGUGCGCUUGGUGCGACCCGUCUUUGUCAAAGGUGAGGGUGAACAAGUGCUGCGAAGAAAAUGAAAUCUAUGUACAAAAUUACUGCACCAACAUCAAUGAAACCAGGGAGACCAAGUGGAGGCCCAUUUUCACCAGCGAACAUGGCAGAUCCAAUCAGCAAAUUGACUACUUCAUAGCUACAGGCUCUCCUGACUGCGGCUCCCAUCAGCAGUGGUCGAUCUACCACUAUGUCAACUCUCAGGAUGUCCUCAGAUUGCUUCCAAAUGGAAAACUGAGACACUACAUAAAUAGACCGCUGGAGGGGGAAGAAGAGGAGUUUGAGGAAAUGAAUAAGAAGAAGAUGGUGUUCUAUGAUUAUGACAGUGGCAAGUAUUGCCUGGACAAGAGGGUCGAAAAUGGAACUUUGUCUGAAUACGCUCUCGUGUGUGAUCCAAAACACGAGAAUCAUUGGACAAACGAGAUGCUGAUGCGAAACAUUGUUAAUCCGGUGACGCACAUCGUUGCGAUCGGUUGCUUCCUCGCCGUGCUCAUCUUCUUCUUAGUGAUGCCGCCGCUCAAGGACCUGGUGGGUCGCGUCCUUCUGACCAUCACUCUGUGCCUUCUGAUCAAUCAGGUCGCGGAUCUGAUCAGACUAUUGACAGUCUUCAAGAGCAACGUGAGCAUAAUUGUAACAGAGACAGUAUCGUACGUGAGUCUGCUGGGUGCGUUCUUUUGGCUCAACAGUUUAGGCUAUUGCAUUUGGAAAAUAUUCAAAUCCCGCAACGCUUAUUUACGUAUGACCGAUUACAGGCAGUACCGGUAUUACUCUCUGUACGCCUGGCUCAGUACGGCCGUUACCGGAUUCCUCGCCAUCUUCGCCCACUACACGCUCGACUACGAAGUGGUCAAAUCGCAUUUCAAAAACGACGAACAGGAGCAGAUCGGUUCUCUGGCAAUGAUAAUAUUCUUCGUGCCCGUUGCCUUUACGGUUUUGGUGAACGUGUUCAUCGUUAAGACGAUCAUCAAAUUGCUCCGGACGAGACGCAAUUCCGGUCAAAUUUACAAGCAGCUCAAAAGAAGUUUUCGGAUGUUCGUGCUCGUAUUCUUGGUGAUGAGCGUCAACUGGGUGUUUUUCCUGAUGUCUUUUUCCACACUCGACGGACUCGUCUAUUGCUACAUCAUCGUGAAUACCUUCCAGGCACCGCUGUACCUCUACAUCUGCCUAAUCAAAUAUCCGAAGAGCAUAUCGAAGAUGAUUCGCGACACCUGUUGCUACGACAAUUGCCGACAGGAACCGGAGUACAAAUGGUCAUCGGCGACGCCAAUGCGACUGCACACGACCGACUUUUAAAAAUCGAAACGAAAAUGGUUCAAAACUCGCAAAAGUGUACUUAACUAUAUAGCUCGACUUUUUCGAUAUAUACGAGAAUCUCAUUUCAAAUAUAUAUAUAU